CGGCGGUGGCAGGAGGAACGGGGCGGCCGCGGACGCUGCUGCAAUGCCGGGAGCACCUGCCCCGCCGCUCCGCGCCCCCUGCUCCAGGGAUCCCAAAAUGGUCCAUCAGCGGUUCCUGCGGAGGAGCGUGGUGGACUCGGACCAGGAGGAACCUGCCUUUGACCUUCCCGAGUCAGAGCAUCAGAGGAAAAUUAUCCUGCUCCCGAAAACCAGGAGGAUAAUUGCGGAGAGGGCGAAGGCAGGGCACGGGGCCGGGGAGAAGGUGUGCCUGGAGGCCGAGCCUUCUGGGGAGCUGAAGGCAGCGCCAGCCCCUGGCAGUGUCGUAGGGGCUGAAGAGCAGAAGGAAGCCGGCAAAGAUGCAGAGCGGAAAGAGGCGUCGGAUGCUUCCAAAGAUCAGAGCAAGGCUAAGAAAGAGGAGCCUGAGGAGGAGGCUGAUAUGAAAGCGGUUGCCACCUCCCUGGAUGGCAGGUUCCUAAAGUUUGAUAUUGAACUCGGGAGGGGAUCCUUCAAAACGGUCUAUAAGGGUCUGGACACGGAGACGUGGGUGGAAGUUGCAUGGUGUGAACUUCAGGACAGAAAACUCACAAAAGUAGAGAGGCAGAGAUUUAAAGAGGAAGCAGAAAUGUUGAAAGGUCUACAGCAUCCAAACAUUGUGAGAUUUUAUGACUUCUGGGAAUCCUGUGUAAAAGGCAAAAGAUGCAUCGUGCUGGUUACCGAAUUGAUGACCUCUGGAACACUAAAGACGUAUCUGAAGAGAUUUAAAGUGAUGAAACCAAAAGUCCUGCGUAGCUGGUGCCGGCAAAUCCUCAAGGGUCUUCUUUUCUUGCACACAAGAACUCCACCAAUAAUUCACAGAGACUUAAAAUGUGACAAUAUUUUUAUUACUGGACCAACUGGAUCUGUGAAAAUAGGAGACUUGGGUCUGGCAACCCUCAAGAGAGCUUCGUUUGCCAAAAGUGUAAUAGGUACACCAGAAUUUAUGGCCCCGGAAAUGUAUGAGGAACACUACGAUGAAUCUGUGGAUGUCUAUGCUUUUGGAAUGUGCAUGUUGGAAAUGGCUACCUCAGAAUACCCUUACUCAGAAUGCCAGAAUGCUGCUCAAAUUUACCGGAAAGUAACCUGUGGUAUAAAACCAGCAAGCUUUGAGAAAGUUACUGAUCCUGAAAUUAAGGAGAUAAUUGGGGAGUGCAUUUGCAAAAAUAAAGAAGAAAGAUAUGAAAUUAAAGAUUUAUUAAGCCAUGCCUUUUUUGCUGAAGAUACUGGGGUAAGAGUGGAACUUGCAGAAGAAGACCAUGGUAGGAAAUCCUCUAUUGCCUUAAGACUCUGGGUAGAAGAUCCUAAGAAACUGAAAGGAAAACCCAAAGAUAACGGAGCCAUUGAGUUUACUUUUGAUCUGGAGAAGGAAACUCCUGAUGAUGUUGCACAAGAAAUGAUUGACUCUGGAUUUUUUCAUGAAAAUGAUCUCAAGAUAGUUGCGAAGUCGAUACGUGACAGAGUAGCAUUAAUACUAUGGAGAAGAGAGAGAAUUUGGCCUAGGAUGCAGUCAGAGGAACGUCGGGACUCUGAAUGCCUGGAGAAGUUGAAGACACCGCAUGCUCAGCAGGUCCAGGUCACCUACCUUUCUCACACUGGUCACCAUGUCCUGUCGGAGUCGGAGGAGCCUGAGGCGGACCAGCAUCCCUUUCAGCAAAACCUGCCCACCAGCGUCACGUCUGUUGCAUCUGACAGCACAUUUGACAGUGGCCAGGGGUCCACUGUUUAUUCAGACUCCCAAAGCAGCCAGCAGAGCGUCAUCUACUCGUCUCUGCCUGAUCCAGGACCUCCUGCUAUCCAACGGGUGUAUAGCCCACCUCUGAGCGAGAGCCAGGCUGUGCCCCAUAGCCUUCAGCAGCUGGGGCACUACCAGCAGCCCUCAGGACCUGGCCUCCCCGCGGUUCAGGCUGCGCCCGCAGUGGUCUCCCAGCGGCCCCAGCACUACCAGGAGCCGGCGAUGCCGUUCCCCGUCGUCCAGCCCACCACCGUCGCCUCCCUGCAGCUGGGGCAGCCGCAGCCGGUGCUGGCCAGCCAGCAGCAGCAACCCAUAUCGCAGCAAGCGUCUCUGCAGCAGGUGCUUGCCAGCCAGCCAGUUUGCCCAAUCCAGCCUGCGACCCAUCUAUUGCCCCAGUAUCAACCCCAGACCUCUCAGGUGGCAGCUAGCAGUACACCACUAAAACCCCUGCAGAUUUCAACUGUGCCGCAGCUUCCGCCGGUGGCCCCUUCCCAGAUUCCUCAGUUUCCUGUCAUUCCUGCAAUUACUCCUCUGGCAGGACUUGACAGCCUUCCUCCAAACCUCUCUGAUAUACCUGCUGCAAACGUGCCCCCCAUACCUGCUCCUUCUCAGUAUUUUGCUCCGGCCGUGAUUUUACCCAGCCUCCCCAUGAACCCCACUCUGCCUAUGGCACCGAACUCCCCUGCCCUCCCCAUGCAGGCAGUCAACCUUCCUCAUACAACCGUGGCUUCUUUGGUCUUGCCCUGCCAAACAAUAGUGCCAAAUAUGUCGGCUGCUACGAUACCAUUGCUUGCUGUGGCUCCGCCGGGAGUGCCGGCGUUGCCACCGCAUCACGGGGUGCCCCAGCUCCCCCAGCAGCAGAUGUACCAGACCACCUUCCAGCAGAUCAUUCAGAGCGAAGCGCCCUCUCCCCAUCACACGCAGAGCACGCAAGCAGUAUCCCAGCCGCAGCAACCUCCACCUCCUCAGUCACUUCAGCCAAGCAUAAUUCAUCCUUCAGAACAGACUCUGUCUGCGCCUGGGGCUGGUCACCAGCAGAUUACUGGACACGCUCAGUAUGCUUUGGAAGCUGGAGCCCAGGUGCCCGUGCUGCCUGUGCAACCUUCGAUAGUCAUGUCACCGCCUUUGCAGUUGCAGCCUGAACUGUUGCCUCCCCGCGUCGCUCCAGAAGGCAUUUCACAGAUUCAUGGCAGCCUUGCUACAGCUAGUCCGCCCGUCCCCAUAGAUCACUGUCUGCCUCUUCAGCCUUCUGGUCUGCUGCAGCUUCAGCCCGAUCUUUCCCAGCCGCUGGGUCAGCAGCUCCCAGCUCCCUCCUCAGCUGUCCAGGCAGAGACAUCUCAAGAGGAGCAGGCAAUACAGGACAAACUUCAAACUCUGUCACAGAGCUGUGAAAGCUACAUGAGUCCAGAUGUUGCUUCGGGUAAAGAGAUGAGUGACAGCUUUGAAGGAGCAAUAGGAAGUGGAAAACAAGAAGGAAAGUCUUCAAAGAAACAUAAGAAAUCUACACGCGCUCGUUCACGCCAGGAGAAGUCCAGCAGACCAAAACUGACCAUAUUAAAUGUUUGUAACACGGGGGAUAAGAUGGUGGAGUGCCAGCUUGAAACACACAAUCACAAAAUGGUGACUUUUAAGUUUGAUUUGGAUGGUGAUGCGCCGGAGGAAAUUGCUACUUACAUGGUAGAGAAUGAAUUCAUAUUGCAGAGUGAAAAAGAGACAUUUAUUGAACAAAUGAAAGAUAUUAUUGAUAAAGCAGAAGAUAUGCUCAGUGAAGAUACAGAAGGAGAACGAAGCUCUGAUCAGGGCACAAGUCCCCAACAAGAUACCGAUAGGCUGGAAAUGAAUGAGGAGAAGCGGCAGUCUCAAAUGAAGACGCCCGUGUAUCAACAAAAUGUUUUGCAUACUGGAAAAAGGUGGUUUAUUAUAUGUCCUGUUGUGGAAAACCCUAGUACUGAUGCACCAGAAUUUUCUCCACCGGUACCUCAGAGUACACAGCAGUCUGAAGGUCCAGACCUGGAGCAGUCGGAUGAUCAGCAAGUGAGCUCUGCGGUGGCGGAUCCGCCUGGUGUCUUAGCUGGUCAGCAGCUUCCCCUACAAGCAGGUGUAUGUGACAGCCCCAUCGGAGCCUCUCCAUCUUUGACACAAGUUCCUGCCGCAGCAUCUUCCGCCGGCUUAUCGAGCCAGGCAGAGUUUUCAGCUCCGGCACUACUGGGAUCUGCUCCAAAUAUCCUAGAGCAGGCGGCUGCUAACGGAGGUCAGCUGGAGUAUUCUCCACUGAAGGCAGCGAUGCCCGCUCAGCCGGGCACUCCUGUCCCCCGUGCCGCCUUGCUGGAGGAGCCUUCCGAUGCUCUCCUCGCUCCUCAGCACCUGCAGCCGCAGGCUGACGAGGGCACGUGUGUCCCUGACGUGGAGAUAGCGUGUUGCAGCGUCGGGCCGCACAAGUCAGUCCCGGCAGCUCCUGCGAAGGCGGCAGAGCUCUGCCCGCUCCCCGUGCUCCCGGACGCCGUCGUUUUGGAACGGCAGCCUGCAGCGCAGGUCCCUCACCUGCCAGAGGCCAGCCAGCCUGGCGUGGUGCAGCACUCCUUCAUCAACCAAGCGUUCCCUGCAGCCGCCGCAUCCGAUCCUCUCGGUCUGGCAGGCUCUCAGCUCCAGAGCCCUACUCAGGUGCCAGUGGCCGCCUCCCAGCAGCAUGCGAUGCUGUCCCAGGCGCAGCCCGUAGCCUGCGCCGGCGUGGGGAUCAGCCUGCUGCAACAGCAGCAGCCGAGCACCGCCGAGUCCGACGGAGAGGGACCACCCAGGGUGGACUUCGUUGACAACACAAUAAAAAGCCUUGAUGAGAAAUUGCGCAAUUUACUUUACCAGGAGUACGUUCCUACUUCUGCAUCAGCAGGGACUCCAGACACCUCUGUUCCAUUAGAACAGGGCGACAGUGAAUUUAACUUGCCACCUUUUCCCAAAGAUCAAGUUCCCGCGUUGGAUUUGAGAGAACCAGGCCAUAAUGUCGCAGAUACCGGCCAGGAGGUGAAAGCUGCUGCCGAGGCCCAGUCGGUGCCACUCAUACCAUCUGAGAUCUCACCCUACCCAAUACUGUUUGAGAAGUCGGAGGUCACCGGCAUCGGUGCUCAUUCCUCAGAAGCAAGAGGUGGGUCAGCAAGCAGAAAAGGUUCAGCUGCAAGCAUCACUUCAGCUCCUGCUGCUACGACAAAAGGCCUCCUUCAGGUUGCACCUACAUCAUCAAGAAUAACUAAACAGAUGGAAACUUCUAAAAGGAGCGAGAAGGCAAAGACUAUGACUUUGUCUGCACACACAGAUAAUGUAACACAGAUAUCUACAGCAGAUGGGGUGAUGAAUAACCUUCAAAGGGAUGACUCUCUAGACUCUGGUUCCUAUGGAAAACAGGCUGAAACUCGUGAUAGCGGUACACCAGCCAAAACUAUUGGCAGGUUUUCAGUAAUCAGCACGCAAGAUGAAUUAACUUUAACAGCGCCGCACUGCUUAAGGUUCUCAGCACCCCCAGAUGUCUAUUUGGAUGAGCUACCUUCCAGCCCUGAUCUGAAGACAGCUGUCCGACGGGUGCAGACGGCCUCUUCUGUCGAUGUCCUCUGUGACCAGGGUUCGAGUGAUUCUGCUGAUGAGCCUUUCCAUCGUCAGUCGGCUGCUGCUGCCCAACUGUCCCCCCCGAGCAGUAGUGCAGCCACUGACUUAAUUAAAAAAGCAGCUGCUUUUCUGCAAAGAUCUGGCAAAGCUAGCUCGCCAGGCCUCGAUUCACCUAACGGGCAAGGAACAAAAAUUCCUACCAUCAACAUAACAUCCUUCCACUCGCAGUCGUCAUACAUGAGCAGCGACAACGACUCGGAAUUUGAAGACGCAGAUAUGAAGAAAGAAUUGCAGAACCUGAGAGAAAAGCAUAUGAAAGAAAUUGCUGAACUUCAGACUCAGCAGAAGAAUGAGAUAGAGGCACUGUAUAUUCGGUUAGGGAAACCCCUUCCUCCCAACCUGGGGUUCCUUCACUCAGCCCCACCAAGCAGCCGUCGCCGAAGAACCAGCAAAAAUAAAUUGAAAGGCGGAAAACUAUUAAACCCUCUGGUCCAGCAGCUCAGGAGUGGAACAUCAAGCACAAGUAAUCUUUCAGACUCUAAAGACUCACCCCACAAAGAAACAACUAAAGCUCAGCCUGGAUCUCCCGAAGCAGCAGCAGCAGCCACUUCCCCUGCGUCAGCCACCUUCGGGAAGGCUGUUCAGACGCAGCAGCCGUGCUCUGUCAAAGCCUCUUUGUCUUCUGACAUCUGCUCCGGCUUAGGCCCCGAAGGAGGUGACGUGAACGCAAGCUCUGGCCAAGGCUGGACGGUUUUCCACCAAACGUCUGAGAGAGUGACCUAUAAAUCUAGUAGCAAACCUCGUACCAGAUUCCUCAGUGGACCUGUGUCUUUGUCCAUCUGGUCCACCUUGAAACGACUAUGUCUAGGCAAAGAUCACAGUAGUAGAUCCUCGACAAACAGUCUCGUAACGUGUCCUGAGCCCCUCCCACAAUCAACCCUGCAGGUUCAGGCCAACAACAGUAACAACAAGAAAGGGACGUUCACAGACGAUCUUCACAAGCUGGUUGACCAGUGGACAAGCAAAACUGUUGGAGCUGCACAGACAAAACCUUCUUUAAACCAACUGAAGCAGAACCAAAAAAGGCAAGACAUGGAGCCAAAGGCUAAUCCCAUGCAAACGCAGAAUGAGACAUGUGGAGUUAAUUCGGUAAGAACGGGAUUGGGGAAAAAGUGCGUUGUUCCAGUGUCUUGCCCCAUGCCCGCUGCAUUAGCUCCUGGAGCUUCACCGUCCCCGCCAGUGCCUAUGCCAGGGCCUGCCCUCUCUGGCACAGUGACACCUUGUGUGAUGCCUCUUUGUCAGUACGGAGGAGUUUUCCCUACACCUGUUUACGGAGCGCAGUGGUCGGGGCCGGCCGUGCAGCCCGGGAUUGUCGGAGGUCCGAGCGUUGCACGGUUCUCGCCUCUCGGCAAAACCUGCUUGCAGAUGUACCCGGUGCCGCUGCAGCGACCCGCUGCCGAGACGCCUGGCCCGCGCCUGCGAAUGACGUAGCUCGGUUGCCUUGCCAUAGGUAACGAUGAUUUCAGCGUUGUCACGUGGAGUGUUUGAUCUGUAGAUGCCAUCCGUGUUGGACGAGGCGGGGGUCCGGGUCAGGCCCGCUAGCAUACACAGCCAUACACUGCAUCCAGCAAUCACUGUGAAAUGGUUUCACAAAAGAUUAGUUUGUUUGUUCCGGCAAUAUUUGCUUAUAUUUCAUCGCUGAAGACACUUUAUUCUGUUGUGUUCUGAUGUUUUACACUUGCAAUCCUUAAAGUCGAUGUACUUGAAUUGAUGACUAGAAAAUUGUACUAACCCCUGCAGGAGUACAGUGCCUUGAAUUUCAGCUUUUCAGUUCCAGCUGGAAAGAGAUGUAAAAUUAUUUGAAAGGUGUAUUUUAUUUACAAUCUGCUUGUGAGUUGAACUUCUUUUUAUUUGCAAAGAUACUGAAGGUUUACAGUCGAUGUUCUUCAUCGGUUUCAUUCUGCUGUAAAUGCUUUUAUUUUAAUUCAUGGGUUGAAUUUUCAUUUCUCAAGCUUUUAAAAAAAAAAAAAUAAUUGUGAGGUGAGGUUUGUUUGAGAUGCCGAUCAAAAACUUGUUUGUGUUUGUACAAGGAGUAGUGAAACGCACAUUUUAAAAUAGGAGCAUUUACAGAGCGAUCCAAGUAAGUUGUAUAUAAGGACAGGUAGUAGCUUCGGGCAGUGCAAUUCAUUCUCUUCCCCAGUCUUUGGUAAAGUUGUGGUAGACAGCAAUCUAUUUCUCUAGCAGGCAGGCAAAUACUGUUUUCUUCUGGAUCGGCAGCAAAUUGGAUUACAUUUUCCUUCCCCUAGUGGGCUUUUAUAGUUUAGUUAAAUUACAAAUUCAUGCAUGUUUCAUAAGUGAAAAAAUCUAACUGAAAUCUUGAUUGUAGGAGAACACGUCUCCAGGUUACUGUAAGAACCGUGUAAGUACAGCGCUUGUGUGUAUUCUGGCUUCGGUUCGCCCGUCCAGGUCAAGAACGGUGUUUUGCCACUGACGUGCUAGCGGUAUUCACGCUAAAACAGAUAAAAACGUGAAGCUGUUCUUUUUCAUAUCUGAUACUACAGUUUUGGAGUCUCACCACCCUUUGUUUGAAAACUUGGUUUUGUUUUGGUUUGUUUUUUUUUUUUAGUUUCAAUUAAGUUUGCGCUCUAGGUGGCAUGGACACCUCCCUCCUGUUUGAAAGUUGCUUUUUGCCCGUUUCACUGCGCGUAGAGUCUCCAUCUGCACCCCGCAGUCUAAAGGCACAAGAGAACCACUAAAACUGAUUUGCUGAUGGUAAGUCUCUUUGCACCAGAAAGCACUAAGGGAGAGCAUUACAGGCAGAGGUCACGAACCACGCGGUCACAUCCGAAGGCACGUUGCUCUGUAUCUCUACUGCGAUGGCAUUUUAUACUGUCUGCUGAAGGGCAGAGAUGUCUUGUGCUGCCAAGCUGUGAAUUGUAUAGUUCUAUUGUACUUUGAGCAUUAUAUCUGUCUAAAUUAUUUUGUUUGUACCCUUUGAAUAUAUUAUUCCAUCAAUUCAGUUAGAAUUGAAUUUUAUAGACAAUUAUGCAGAGUCUUCUGCCUGGGCAAAAUACUUACUGUAGUAAGAGAUUUCUGUUCUCUGUAACAUGUAUCUUUAAUUUGUUUGGGUUUUUUAGAUUCAUGUCUGUAUGCUUCAUGAGCAAACAUGUAAAAUAUGUUCUCACAGCAGUUUUCCUUCGGCUUGCACUGAAUCUUACAGUUUAUGUCGCUAUUGCCUGUUGUAUAGUCCAUCCCUUGUAUACUGACAAAGUCAGUGGCACUAAAAACCCCGAGAAAUUGUAUAGAUUAAAAAGAAGAAAAAUAAACAUUUUGUGCUUGAAAAUUGUGUGAAAAACCCAGUGUUUUUCUAAAACGUAGAACUGUGUCCAUUCCCAGCUGUUCCGGGUAACUCUACGUUUGUUUUCCAGACUCUUAUCCCUUGGCUUGUGUAGAGGAGCAGAUGUGAUGCCUCCACUGUUUCUCAGGUUCUGCCCGUAACUGACACGUCCCACCUCUUGGCAGCGGUAGAAUUGAAACGGUGCUCCAGAAGUCACGUAGUGCCACCUCGCAGAUUACGUUGCUUG